GAUGCUCAAGCACCAGGUGAUGCAAAUCAAGAUUGCUCGUUUGGCACUUUGACCGUUUGAAGUCUGCGUGUCUACUCUGACAGUGGAUGUCUAUUUUGACAGAUAGUGUAAUUUACCAGUGUUUUGCAGAAGAUUAAUCGUCAUUUCGAUAAUCUUUUAAUCGUAUUGUUGCGUGGAAAAGUGCUUAUUAUGAAGCACCAGGGUAAAUCUUUCAAUCCUUAUGCAGGAUCGAGCUUCUUCCCUUACUCAGAAUUACGCCGUCGUCAGUACGGCUUCAAAUCCAAGCUUGGAUGGGAGAAUGAGUGCAAGCGUAGAAUAUACUCUUCAUUGAACCCCAACCAUUUUUGGGAUCCCAAUGCAUCCCUGUCUGGACCAGAACAUGUUCCAAAUGCAAACCCUGAGCAUUUAUUGGACAUAGAUGACUCAGAUGAUGGAAUUCAACACAAUGCUGCUGGUUAUGGAGGAGUUUUCAACUUGGAGUUCUCUCCUGAUGGGAAGUUGCUGGCUGCUGCCUGCCAGAACAAAGCUGUUGUUCUUUUUGAUCCCCUCACUCACCAGCAAACAGCAGCCAUUCCUUCUGCUCACAGUGACUGUGUCAAUGGCAUCAAAUUUUUAGACACGCGGUUGUUUGCAUCAUGCAGCGAUGACCACACAGUAGCGCUAUGGGAUGUUCGACACCUGCGUCAACGUGUCCACACUCUGCGGGGACAUACAAAGUGGGUCAAAAACAUCGAGUAUCAUUCAGCUGACCAGCGUCUCAUCACCUCGGGAUUUGAUGGCAAUGUAAUUGCUUGGGACAUCAACAGACCGUGUGGGGAGUCUGUACAUCAAGAACACCUCUUCAAACUGCAUGGCUUGAUGCGGAUGAAGCUCAGCCCUGACCUCAACAAGCUGGUACUCUGCACCUCUACAGGCUUCAUGCUCCUGCUGCAGAACCUUGACCUCGAACAUUUUUACCGCGACAUGGCUAACUUUAGCUUGAAAACUGGACUUAAUUUACGCGGGUGCACAACGGACGAGCGGUCCGUGAUAGGACGGUCGCGCAACAGGCCCGUCAUCAUCGAAGACUUCCCUAAGUUUAACAAGGCUCAGAUAAUUCACUCCAUGCAGAUACAUCCACAGUCGUGGGCUGUGCUGUCACGUAACACGUCUGCUAGUGAUGAGUCAGAGUGGACCUGCGUGCAUGACAUUCAGGAAUUCCCAAUUCACGAAGGCCCCAGCGAAGAUACCCCAAAAUCUACCAAAGUAAGCAACACCAAAGCCAUGGGGAACUUGCCUUCUUCCCCAAACAGAUUGGCAGUGGAUGAUAUGGAAGAGGGCGAAGAGCUGCCCUCACGAGGAUAUUACAUCGUGGGUGACGAAGUAACUCCUCGCUUUGAAGUGCUGUUGGACCAGCGUGGUGGGAAUUGGUUUGAUGUUCCCAUAGUGCGGCAGUCGGCAGUGAGAAGAGACGAACCAGAGAAUGAAGUAGAAGAAGACGAGGAAGACGAGACUGACGAGGAAAAUGACGAACAGCAACCUUUGCAAGCUAAUGCUGAAGAAAACAACAGAAAUGCUUUUGAAGAUGACAGUGAUGAAUUUGACAUUGAUGACUUGGUCGUGGAGAACAAUAGGCAGCGGGCGAUUAUGAUGGGCCUGAAUAUACUGAUAAAUCGAAACGCAGCGUCGGUAUACGGCGACCUACGGGCCGUAGGCGACGGAGAGGGAGCAGAAGCUGAAAUUCGUGAGCGACGACGACGUGGUAUGAGAAUACGUCCGGCGACACAAGCAAGUUCCUUCAGACAAAGACAACUGAACAGAAAUAGAUGGCGUGUGACACGUCGCCUGUCCCAGCUGACCCGCACGUAUAGAGAACAGCUAGCGCUUGCUCGUUUAACUGCAACCUCCAUAAACGGCGCUGCCAUCGAUGGAUUAAACCGUCAAAAUAACCCGCCGCCCCGAGCACCAAACCCAAUAGACAGCAGGAGCUGGAAUGAACGAACUGAUGAAAUAAGGCAAACUUUGCGGUCAUUGAGAAGUGGGCUUGAUAUGGUCAUGGCUAACCUGAACAACGUGCGCCAACAAAUCGACGACCGAGUCGAAACUGGGCUCAAUUAUUCAGGGUUAUUACCAGCGUUGAGAGAAGGCAUUCGCACCACUCCAAUGUUCCUGGAGAGAUACCGCUCGCCUAGUGCCACUUGGCGUGCCAUAUACGCCCAACAACGACCUCGAUUAACUCAUAACAUUUUAGAACCUAACGUUGGCGCUGGUUUCAUAAAAGAACUCUGCUUCAGUGCUGAUGGUCGUUUAAUAUGCUCGCCGUUUAAGCAAGGCAUUCGCUUGCUCGCGUUCGAUAAGAAUUGCGCUGAAAUGUCCCACUGCGUGUCGUCUGGUGAACCAGAGAAACUUGUUGUCUUAUCUCGUAUUCCUGCAUGUCACCGUCGCAGCGUCGUGAGCACCAAGUUCUCUCCGACACACCUCAUGCUCGUGUCCGGUUGCCUCGAUGGCAAAAUUGCCUGGCAUCAUCCCAUUCUGUAAUGAGAAUAUACAAUUGAUAAUCUUGUAUGAAUGCCUAAUCCAGUAUCUGAAUUGAAGUGCUACUGUACCGCCCCCGGUGCUAUGGUAGGGUAUAUAAUUGCAUCAUCUUAUGCUAGAAUAUUAAAUGUGUAUUGUGCACCUACUACAUGGAGGAGCAUUCUGACGCAUGUUUUCGUUAGCGGGUCCGUAAGGUUUUGUGUUCCCAGGAGCAGUGUUCCUGAUCUACCUACUGAUGUGUACGUAAUUAUCUGACAGUCGCAGUUCCGAGGUUAUAACUUUUAACUAUAUUGGUUAUAUAUUGUACUUUAUUGGUUAUAUUGGUAGAGUCCUUGUUUUGUGCAGGUGGCCUGUGCACAUUUUUUAGUUUCUGUUGCUGCAUCUUUUUUCCCUUAUUUCUUCUUAGUCAUUCAGAAAUGAAAAUGAUGCUUCUUUCUUGCCAGCGUCUGUACGCUGAUCAAGUUAGACUUUCAUCCGCGUUUUUGGCAAAGAUUAUUUUCUUUUUGAAAAAAUAAGGCAUUCAAGACUUGAUUGCGUAACAAAUUUAAUAGACUUGUGUUUAAUGCAACAUUGUAUACUUAAAUUACUGUGAAGCGCAAUGAAAAUCUCUACUAUCGCUGUCACUAGGGUGCUCUGAACUUUCGAUCGCGUUUCUAGGCAGUUUGAGCAACUGUAAAUAUCCAAAGCUCUUGUAUAUUAGGAUUAAUGGUAACUGUUCAUCGCUCUAUUGAGAUGAUUUCCCUCUUCAUCUCGCAAGAAAGCAGCCAUCUAACCAAUAAUAUCGUUUAUGUACUCAAUAAUCCGCAACAUUUUCUACCAUCAUUUUGUGCAAGCUUAUACAUGUCACACUUUCAAUAAUUAACUCGGCGAGCGUUGUGUGAUCGUCUGUUGAAAGACAUUUACUCACUUCUUCCAAUAUAAAAUACUUCACUUUGACUUUCCUGAUAUGAUAGCAGCUUGAUGCUUCACGAAAAUGUGCUUCAUCUCAGAUUGCGGCUACCCAUUGUCUUGCCAGUGUUGUCUGUGAUAGGUCGCUCGCUUACACGUGAAUUCUGCUCACAGGUCGAUUAUAAGACUUGUAUAACUUGUUUUAAACAAGCAGAUGAAGUGAACAAGUACUAAAUCCUGAAUAAUAUACUUUUGUGGAAUAGUGAGUUAUCCGUACGCUUUAAUCAAAUCUUUAUUAAUAAUUGGUUCGUUAAGAAACAAUUUUUUAACUUCAUCCCAGUAUUUGAGGUAAUAACUAGUGACUUUUUUAGUGACCAUACAUGACAAUUGAGCGUAAACUGCUUUAAUCGUCCUGCGCAACCCCAUUUUUUCUACAGGGCUUUUCAUUAUUUUUUUAAGUUUUCCCUGGUGCAUUCUGUAAUUUGUUUGAUUUGCUUUUUAAUCAUUGAUCUAAUCUGAGUAUUUAUUAGGUUCUUAACGUAACACUGGAUUUGUUCACGCUUUAACUCGCUCAACUUUAUAAGCGAGAUUAAAAUUUAAUAUUCGUAAUCUCAUGUACUUCAUAUAUUUGAUGAUAAAAAUUAUGUAUGGAAAUGAAUAACCAUUUAAUGGAUUCGAUGUCUGAAUAAAAAAUAUUUACCUAGGACGGGAAAUUUUUGUCCCGGUCCGUACUAAAAACCAGCAUGAGUGCUCAAGCCAAAACCGCGGUAGGUUUCUGACAAUUUUGUUCAGCUACAGUCUUUAAGAAGCCUCAUAGACGUCUCACAAUCGUUUUUAAGAUAUGUGAAUUGUAUAUGUGAUGAUUAUUAGCUAAAUCAUGGUGAAGUCUGGUGUUAGAGUUGCUAUAUGUUACUGCUAGAAAUGUAAAUAAUUUGUCAGUAGGCCUCACGUUUUAUGCGCGGAGCUAAUAAAGAUGAACGUCCUUACAUGUGUGCAGUGAAAUGGUUUGUCUAAAAAUACGCGAGACGAAGGGAUUUUUGCUGGUUUAUCUUGAAUUAAUUGGGCCAUCAUUUAUUAGGGUUAGCAAUUGAGGAUAGCUUUGCCCGUGUUUCGAUACGAACUUUCUAGUUACAAGCCCGCACUUUCAGAUGCGGACUCGGCAGCUCGAUGGGCCUGAUUACAGGUUCUUGUGUGGGGUUAACUUGGUGCAUAAGCAGAUUUAAUUAUUCUUGCCUUCAUUGUCGCAUUUUGGUAAGCAGCCCACUCACCCUGCUUCGCCUGCUGGCCGAGUAUAUUAGUUUCAGUUCAUUUUUCACUCAUGCCAGAUGACUUUUAACCUGAAUGUAACAGAUUUUCUAACAAAUUAACUGGAUAAUUAAUCACUACUAAUAAUUGGUGUCGCGGGAGUUAUCGCACUCUAAGUUAGAAUGAUCGUAACAGUCAUUGAAAUGCUCGUUGUGAUACUGCGUGGCAUUCGUUGAUAAGACAUAGGGCGUCCCAUCCGAUGAUUGUAUUCCGGAAACGUGUGAGCAGGUAAUGAUGCGGAUGUCAUAGUUUAAUGACGAUGCAUUUACAUCUUGUCCGAAGAGGUGUACGUUUAGAGACUAGAAAGAAAUCUUAAUUAUUGUUGGCUCUUGCACACUGGUCGCCGCUUAUGUGAAUAGGUACUUAUAUUGGCGGUAGCCUUCGAUCGAUCGCUAGCCGGUUGUUUGCUGGUGAUGAGAAACCAAAGCUUUGUGGGCAGAGGUGGCUAGCCAUCUAGUACAAGAUAUUUCAUCACAAGAGCAAUUCAUCAUUGACACAUUUGAUUAUAAUAUCAAUUAAUCAUAAAUUUUUUUACUGCAUUAAUUGCAUUUUGCAAACCUAAGUGCAUGUAGGUUAGAUUAAAUUGGUUAAAAAUGAAAUGUGUCUGUGAUGAAAUGUCUCCUAUGAUGAGGUGCCAGGAAAUCUGUUGGCAGACUGUCCGAAGCAACGCUCGGAUCGACGUGGAACAAUGCCUUUUUUUCUCAACCGAGUAAUAUAGAAGCCCAGGUUCAAGAUAGCUGCUCCCACAUGCUCAACUUUUAUGUUGGCUCGUAGGGCGACUGAUGCUCGCAAGGGUUAUAAGAUGACUUAUUAAAAUAUUAAUCAGGUGUAAAUGAACUACAUUAUAGCUAGUAAUUACAUGUAUGGAUAAUAUACCCUCAUAAGGAGCUACCGCCAUGGAGUAUGUAUGUCAGCGCGUCAUUUAUGUCGGCUUCAACGCCAUGAAUGACUGAAGGGUCACAAAAAUUAUUCAUUGUAAAAAAUGAUCCAUUUAUUUGAUCUAGGUAUAUCAACACAUAUUUCCGCAUGUUACACAUCAUCGCUACGCAAAACCACAUUUGCUCCAGCGAUAAAAAACUACAGAGCACUCUAGAUUUACUUGUAUUAAAUAGAAUAUUUUUACAAUUAUCACAAAAUUAAGAAUAGGUUGUAUAAAUAGCUACUACGUAGGAGCAGACGGACCACAACUAGUUAGGUGAUAUGCCAGCAGGCUCGUUCACACCACCUGCUAGAAGGUGGCAAGCUCAUGUGACCAACUGGAGGCCGGCCGCGGUGCGAGUUGAAAGCCGUGCCGGAUGGCGUGGAGUAUGAUUGAAUUUAUUUAAUUCUGACAAUGCGUCAUUGUGUUCUUCAGAACUUUCCUUACGUCAAAAAUGAACUUGAGUAGUAAAAUGCUCAAGAUUUUUAUUUUGAACAGUUUCCAUGUGGAUUAAACAACUGUGCAUCAUGUGUAAUUUUAAAGUUUUAUUAAGCAACGCAUACUCUACGCGAUUCUUGAUCAUGGACUGAAAAUUUAAUUACAUUUACAGUCCAAUUUGACAGCGACUUCAAACGACAAGCUAUAUUUUCUCGCAACGCUGAGCUUGGACGAACGCAAUCCGUUACAAAAAUCGAAAUACUGUACAUGGCGUCGCAUAACACCAGCUUGCGAUUAAGGGCUAUGAAAAGUGCAAAAUGUGUGAUGAAAUGGAGAAAAUGGUGCUAGUGGAUUUUAAAAUAUAAUUUAAAUGUUUUAAGCC